AGAUUUUUGACCUAGUCAAGACAUUGAAGAUGCUUAAGUGCUCAGAGCUGGAGGAGGGUUUCUUCAAUGAAAAUUGUGAUUUGCCUUCACUUAUAAAGGAGUCAUUACAGACAUUCUUCAAGGCUCAUAAGUGUGAUGAGGAUGCUUCCCUGAAUUCAUUGGAUGAUAUUUUCAUGAAGUACAUCAUCAGCAUAUUGGAAGAGCUUGGCUGUGAAGAACACCCCCAAGAUGUGUUUGAUGUUGAAGCUUUUGUGGAAAUGAUGUCAGCAUGCUUCCCUUCAUUCAGCACAAUCUCCCAGACAGACAUCUGUACUUGGAUGUUUGAAUUGUCAGCACAACUUCAGACUGCCAAAAAUCACAUGGGUAAGGGUAUGAGGCUGAUUAAUGAUGAAAUGGGAAGCACUUGUUCAAGUGGAUCAAAUGCUAGUGGAGACGAAAGGGAGAUGAUUAGAAGUCGCACAGUUUCCUCCUCUAGUGAAGCUUCUGCAUAUUCUUGUUCUUCUUCUAGAGCUUCGCAUAACAGCGAAUGCUCCGACUGUGAUGCCUGGGCUACACAGUCAGUGGAAGAAGAUGAUGACUGGAGAGCUCUCACAGAGAUGUUCCCUGCAGUGUGUUCCUUUGAAGCAAAGCAUUGCCUUUCUGUAUCUGGUGGAGAUCUGGGUGCUGCUGUUCAGCUCUUGCUUCAUAGGCAAGAGAAUGGCUUGGCUAUGAAAGCAAAACCUGCAGCAGCACAUAAAGGUCAAAGGCAGCAGGUGGCCCUUGAUGACCAAUCCAUCAAGAAGAAAAUCAUUGAGCAGUAUAGUUAUAUUGAUCAAGCUGAGGAUGCCAAGGAUCAUAAGCCUCCUCCACUGAAGUUUGAACCAAAGAAGAUGAUUCGUUACCGAGAAGGCCAGGUCGUUAGUGUGAAGGGGGAGCGCUACUCUGAGAUCAAAGAUAAGGACAAAGAGGCAUCAAAGAGGACAUACAUCCACCUAAAGCCAGCCAAGCAAUAUCAUUUCCACUGACUAUGGCCCUGCCUCUUCCACCCUCAAAGUCUUUCUUCUUGAUGGUGGCUGAAUCUUAGCUUUUUUCAUUCUUCGGAAAUUCUUUUCUCAUUUCAUGGAUCUCCAUCUGGAAACCACCCUAGAAUUCAAAUCACUUACAUUCCUCUAUUUGUAUUCCUAUGAAAUUAGGAUCUUACUCACCUCAAUCUUUUACUCACAUUGUCAUACUUGAUUUUGCACACAGAACAGGUGCUGUUUCAUUUCUUCUCUUGAGGUUAGGAUGAGGCCUAAAAGGCUGACUUUCUGUGUGAUGUUGGGUAAUUACGCUCUUCCCCUGAGCCCCCCCAGAACAUUCUUUUAUUUUGUUCUUUUAUCAUAUUCUGGUUAGUACAAAUCUCUCUGGGCCUGGUUAUCUACUUUAGCUCUUUUGCUGUGGAAUGUCUGAAAAUUCAUUUUUCCUAGUCUAUGAAGUUUGACAUUUUCUGGCUUUCAUGAUGUCAGGAUGGUUCUUCAAACUGCCCUGAAUGUGACAUGAAUAUAAAUACAGACUUUUUACUUUACCACAUCUUUAAGUUUAAUUUUGGAACAUGAAUCUAUGAACUCAAGAUCUUAAAUUUUGUCCUCAUGCAAGUGCUGGAAUCUUGCUGCAGUCAUCCAGCAAAGGCUUUGGUAAGACUUUCAGAAACACCACUGAAAACCAAAUAUUUUUACUUUGUGCUUGUGGCCACAUUGAUAAUCACAAUAAUUCAGUCAACUCUCAAGAGAUUGCAGAGCAUAUCUUUUCCUGAAGAAUUAGGGUGCAUUAAAAAAUCCUAUAACUACAGCACUAGAAAACUGCAGGUUGCAUGAACAUGAUUACCACAGUGAAAGAGUUCAUAUUUUCUGGACAUUCAUGGUAGAACCUUUUUUACAUUCGUUUUCAAUCUUUAUAUAUGGUUUAUUUGUUUUGUUGUGAUAAUUCAUGCUUUGUCAAGUACAAAUAUUAUUUAUCUUCUUCUUGGAACUUUGAGAGAGAAUCCAUGUAUCCAUGUAUGUGUGCCCCAUUUUGCAGCAGAUUUUAUUUUAUUGCUCUAUUGGAGUCAUAGACUUGAAUAUUCCAUACCAUAUACUUUGUUUGCAAUGAUUCAUGAUUCGUUAGUAUUUGCCAACCUUGUCAGGAAUAAUGGCCAAUUGCUUAUUUCUCAUUUUUAUUCAUGAGCAUUACCCAAAUUAGCUAGUUUUCUCACUCUCUUGUCAAUACUUUUGAGUAGCCUAUUUAAGACAGUCAAUUGGUUGAAUGAUUCUCAUAGUUUAGAAUCUGACUUAGAUUUCAAUGAUACAUCUCCACAUCCUCCAUGUUGGAGCAGUAGUGAUAUUGUAAUACUUGUUCAGCAUAUUCAAGUCAUCCUUGAACCCACCCUUUUUUCUCAUUUCCUGGGUCCUCAUUUCAUGGCCAUUCAUUGGAAAUGGUACAUGUUGCAUC